UAGUAUUGUCGACAAAUGGGCACAAAUAUGAUUAACAAGAAAACUCUUGUUUUGUUUAGAUAAUAACAGCGAAAAUGUGCGGAUGAAGCCCUAGACUAUGGCGGCCGAGCUAUCUUACCUAGUGACAGACGCACAAUUUCUUUUCUGGACGCUUGUUCUGUUUACUGAUUGAAAAUGUUGAUAUUCUACUGACGAUUAGCGCCAGAUGAAAUGUUCCAAAACAUACGCAGACAUGCACGCGUACGAAUCGCAGGUACAAGGCCAUACUGUACCCGAAAAUUUCACAUUCGUUAGUAUUGCUUUGCGGCUAGGUCAAACGUUAGAAGUGCCUGAACGCUCUGCUUUCUUGUGUGAUUGUGUAGCGAUGGCCGUUUCUGAGCAGAGCCAUCCGAUAAUACCUCGAGUCGAUGUCGUAUUUUUGGCAUACCGAUGUGCUGAUAUUACCGGGAAAAUGCAACCAAAGGUAACGCUGGACAGCGUUUGUACGAUUAGUUUAUUCGAGCUAGAACAACAUCUACGCAUGAAACGUAGGGAACGAAGUACAAUGUCCAUCGAAGCCUACAAACAUUACCGAUGGUACAAUGCAGCACUUGUUGCUGAAUUGUGUGCCAUAAAAGGCGGCAAAAAGGAACGGCCUCUACUACGCGUAUUUCACUGGUACAUUGAAACGUCGAACCGAAACGCAUUCCGCAUCGAAGGGAAACAGUAUGAGGCAGUAUCAUUAGUGAUGGCAGCCGAAAUCGAACACUGGUAUUGCAGUGCUGGAGCUGGUAAAACUGCGCAAGGUAAACGUGCCAGAGUUUCUGAUACCCCAAUGCAGACGGAAAGCGGCCAAUCAGCCAUGGAAAGCUCCGCUUCGCUAUCUGCCUCAAUGAAAGCCAAACCUAUCAACUCUGGACAUAAAAUGUUUGUCCUAGAAAACAUCACUGAAGAAAGCGGUUAACACUUGAUCCACGAUUUCGAAAGAUGGAACCGUACCGCAACGGUCAAUAAUUUCUUGAAGUGUAAAAUCAAUAAGUAAAUGUGAAUUCCACUGUACACGAUUGAAACGAUUUAUGCAAUGUGUUUUAUUUUCGUUUAAAAUUGUGUUGGAUAUCAAUAACAUUUGCACUCUUGAUUAAUAUAUACGACUACAUUUCAUUACACUCAUGCAGGAUAAUACUAUCUGCCAACAACUUUUCGAAAAGUGCAAGUUUGCUCGUUUCGCACGAAACAAAGUAACCGUAUGGAACAAAAGCGAAUGGAGCACUUUCGCUAGAAUUAAUAA